CGCCCAGCAGCCAAACUUCCCCACUGCAAGAAUGGUGUGGCCAAAAGAGGGCCAUGCUCCAACAUAAUACAACUGGCUAGUUGGAUUGGUUGGCCAACCGCUAUCCAUAAAAUCUCAGAGCCACAGUACCCGCCAUAAUUCAAAUCACUUUGUUUAUAUUCUAUUAGUAAACAAAAAUUAGCCGACGUAAUUAUCAUAUAAUCCCUUUACUUAACCUAACUCUAAUAUUAUACUGAAACGUAUUCGUUUUUACUUCAAUUUUCUAUUAGGGGGAAGAGGGGGACAUCCGCUGCAGUUGAAGAACCACUUACACUCUGAACCUUUGCUUGCUUAAUAAACAAUAGCCAGAUGGAGGUUAGGCCAACGGUUAGCUUCCCUCCAAACCCUCUGAUUUUCUUGGACUCAAAGCAAAGCUCUUGCUGGUGAUUUUUGGUCACCAUCCGAGACACCCAACUUCACCUUCCUGACAUAUGCUUCAAACCCCACCUUGGUCUGCUCGCCUUGUCCUAUCCUUCUAUUUACGGUUCAAAAUUCCCACGAUUUUGUUCAUAUUGAGCUCCAUCCACAAAUCCCCAUUAGUGCUUCCGACCUCUAGUGCAUGGUGGUGUGCCUUUUGCAGUGAUUUUGGGUUUAGAAUUUUAGGUUGUUAAAGUUCCAAGCUUAUGUGGUGUAGGAGUUCCUGGAAAGUUGAUCGGAUGGUGGAGACCCAGUAGAUUUCUUAGCUGUAGAGCUGAAGUAAAGCAACCCAUAAAUAGUUGGUGCUUGAAUUUUUCACUGUAUUGAGCUGUGGGCUUUCUGGGAUUUGGAAUACAUUAGAGUUGGCUUCUGAAUUAGGGGUUUUUGCUUACCGCAGCUGGCAAGUUCACCCGGAGCUUUAUGUACGCAGAGAAGGUUCGCAAGCUAAUUCUCAUGGGCUGCCCCACCCAGCUGGUACAUACAUUUUGAACUCUCAUGAAUAGUGUGACUCUGCCCAAAAGCCACUUUUUUCGUGACUCAACAAUACCAUCUUUGUGAUUGCAAAUUCCCUUAUGCUGUUAUUCCGAUUUCAGUUAAAAUCAUAUGACACUUCCAUAUCUAUGGAUUGUUUGUGAUGAUAGAGUGGCCAAAAGGGUAAUAUCAGUUUAUCAUUUGGAAAAGUUUUGAGCUUGAUUUUUAGUCCAGUAAAAAUAAUUCCAAAUGAAUACUCGGUACUUCUUUCCACCGGACUCCUUGUGCAACUCAGGAAGUGCGGCUUCAUUUUCAUCAAAUCCUUCAGCAGGACGAGAUCGUGUGUCCGUGGGCACUCGACACAGGCCUGUUCGUGCCCUACCUUCUUCGUUUUUGGGAAGGAUAGCGAUGAGGAUCUCCAGAGCAAGGUGGUUCUCCUUCUUAAGAAGAGUAUUCCACUACCAGAAUGGAUCAAGAUCUGAUCUUGGUUCUAAUCCUUUCAAUUCUGGCACUUGGAUGUUGAUGGAGUUUAUAGCUUUGGUUGUUCAAAUAAGCACCACAACAUUUACUCUAGCCAUUUCCAAGAGGGAGAUGCCUGCUUGGCCUAUGAGAAUAUGGAUUGUUGGCUAUGAUAUUGGAUGUAUGCUUAGUCUACUGCUGCUCUACGGGCACUACCGGCAUCUUCAUCUUACUCAUGAAGAUGGUUUCAGCCUUUCUGAAAUGGAACAGCAGGGAGGCAGCGAAGAAUCCAGGAUCUCACAUUUAAUGAACAAAAGCCGGACUUCACUUGAACUGUUCUUUGCGAUAUUGUUUGUGAUGGGUAAUGUUUGGGUUUUUGACUCUCGCGUUGGCUCCUUCCAUCGAGCCCCAAAGCUCCAAGCACUCUGUAUCUCCCUGCUGGCUUGGAAUGCUAUCUGCUACUCUUUUCCCUUCCUACUAUUUUUGCUGCUAUGCUGUUGUGUACCACUCAUUAGCAGCCUCGUCGGAUACAAUAUGAAUGCCGGGUCAACUGAUAGAGGAGCAUCUGAUGAUCAACUUUCCCAGCUUCCCAGUUGGAGAUACAAAGAAGUUGACACCAAGUUUGAUCUUGGCAAUGAUGCCGACAGUAAUCCCGAUCAUGCAAAUGAAGAUCCAGAAUGCUGUAUUUGCCUGGCUAAAUAUAAGGACAAGGAAGAAUUGAGGCAGUUACCAUGUUCCCACAUGUUUCACCUCAAGUGUGUAGAUCAAUGGCUUCAAAUUAUAUCUUGCUGUCCUCUUUGUAAACAAGAGCUUGAGAGGUAGAAAGCAACAUAAUCACUGAGUUGCUGAAGGUUUUUAUUGGCCUUUCAUUUUUCCUUUUUUACUAUUUUUUUUUUUUCAAAAUUUUCUCACCAUUUUGUGAAAUAUAUGUACUAACAUGGUUACUUGAGUGAGUAUUGCUUGUACAGUGGAGGUCACCAGUAACCAUAAUAUAUAUAUAGAUAUAUAAAUGUACUUUCUUUGGGUAUUCAUAUUUGCAGAUAAUGAUGCUGGACUACUCGCUUCCUAAAGGUAGCAGAGUCUAUUACUCCACCAGGAUAUAUAACCAGUUACAUGUGAUUUUUGUUGUUGUCGUCAUUAUGUAGAAGAAGUGUACUAAAUAAUGAAUCAACAAUCCUUGUUCUGUAUAUAAUUUGUUUGCUCUCUAACACAACGUUUACAUUUUCUUCUU